GAGGCGGCCUCGGGCCGAGAUGCCACUGUGUGCCCUGCCAGUCGGCGGUGGAUCCUGAGGGGCAGGAGGUGCCCACCGAGUGCAGGGGGCAGAAGACCAAGCACACUGACCACGACAUGAACCUGUGCUGGAACGAGAUCAAGCGCAAGUCCCACAACAUCAGGGUGCGGCUGGAAGCCUUCUCAGACAACAGCGGAAAGCUGCAGAUCUCCUUGCAGGAGAUCAUCGAAUGGCUCACGGCCAAGGACGAGGAGCUGUCCGAGCAGCUGCCCAUAGGGGGCGAUGUGGGGGCAGUACAGCACCAGCGGGAGUUCCACCAGGCCUUCAUGGAGGAUGUGAAGUCCAGGGGGCCAUUCAUCUACUCUGUGCUGGAGUCUGCCCAGGCCUUUCUGACGCAGCACCCAUUCCAGGAGCCUGAGGAGACGCUGCCAGACGGCAAAGAGGUGUCUCCGAGGCGACGCAUGCUGAACGUGAGCCGCUCCGUGUGGAAGCAGGCAAACGUGACCAGCGACCUUUGGGAGAAGCUGACGGCACGUUGCGUGGACCGCCACCGGCACAUGGAGCGCACCCUAGAGCGGCUGCUGCAGGUGCAGGCAGCCAUGGGUGAGCUGGCGGCGGCUCUGGAGCAGGCCGAGGGCGUGCGCGAUGCCUGGGAGCCUGUCGGAGACCUCUUCAUCGACUCACUGCAGGACCACAUAGAUGCCACCAAGCUCUUUAAGGACGAGCUGAUCCAAGUGAAGGAGGGCAUGAAGCAGAUCAAUGACCUGGCCCACCAGCUGGCCAUCUCCGACGUGCACCUGUCCAUGGAGAACGCCCGUGCCCUGGAGCACCUCAACAACAGGUGGAAGCUGCUGCAGGGUUCUAUCGAGGAGCGCCAGCAGUUGCAGGACGCCCACAGAGACUUUGGCCCCGGAUCGCAGCACUUCCUCUCCAGUUCCGUGCAGAUACCUUGGGAGCGCGCUAUAUCCCCCAACAAAGUGCCCUACUACAUCAACCAUCAGGCUCAGACAACCUGCUGGGACCAUCCAAAGAUGACAGAGCUGUAUCAAGCACUGGCGGACCUGAACAACAUCAAGUUCUCCGCCUACCGCACGGCCAUGAAACUGCGGCGGGUGCAGAAGGCUCUGAGACUGGACCUGCUGAAACUCACCAGCUUGGUGGAGGUGUUCAGAGAGCAGGAGCUACAGCAUGGCGAGUAUGUGAUGGAUGUGGUGGAGGUGAUCCAUGCGCUAACCGCCCUGUACGAGAGAUUGGAGGAAGAGCGGUCCAUCCUCAUCAAUAUCCCUCUCUGUGUGGACAUGUGCCUGAACUGGCUGCUCAACGUCUACGACAGUGGCCGGAAUGGUAAGAUGCGUGUGCUGUCUUUCAAGACAGGCCUGGUGAGCCUAUGCAAUGCCGACAUCCAGGAGAAAUACCAGUACCUGUUCAGUCAGGUGUGUGGGCCCAGUGGCCUGGCGGAUCAGAAGCACCUUAGUGUAUUGCUGCAUGAGGUCAUCCAGAUCCCCCGGCAGCUGGGUGAGGUGGCUGCCUUCGGGGGGAGCAACGUGGAGCCCAGCGUGCGGAGCUGCUUCCGAAUGGCUCCGGGGAAGCCAGCCAUCGAGGUAGCCCACUUCCUGGAGUGGAUGGGCCUGGAGCCACAGUCAGUGGUGUGGCUGCCUGUCCUGCACCGCGUGACUGCGGCCGAGUCGGCCAAGCACCAGGCGCGGUGCCACGUCUGCAAGCAAUGUCCCAUCAGGGGCUUCAGGUACCGGAGUCUGAAACAGUUCAACGUGGACAUCUGCCAGACGUGUUUUCUGACCGGACGAACAACCAAAGGCAAAAAGCUCCAUUACCCCAUCAUGGAGUAUUAUACGCAGACCACCUCCGGGGAGAAGAUGCGGGACUUUGCUAAGACUCUGAAGAACAAGUUCCGAUCAAAGCAGUACUUCAGCAAGCACCCUCAGAGAGGCUACCUGCCAGUGCAGACACUCCUGGAGGCUGAGAGUGGCGAAACGCCAUGUUCCUCUCCACGGCUGCCCCAUGCGGACACACAUAGCCGGAUCGAGCACUUUGCCAGCAGGCUGGCAGAAAUGGAGAGCCAGAGUUGUUCCUUCUUCACUGACAGCCUCUCUCCUGAUGAAAGUCUGGAUGAAGAUCAGUACCUCCUCCAUCACCCCAGCCCCGCCCUGGAGCAGGACUCCCCGCCUGGGCCACACCCACUCGCCCACCUUGACUACCACAACAAGGAGGAGCUGCAGCGCACGCUGGCCCGGUUGGAGAACGAGAACAGGAUGCUGCAGAGCGAGUACCGCCGCCUGAAAUGGAGGCACGAGGAGGCGGCGGCAGCCGCCUCCAACCCGGGCGCGGCGGAGGGGGGCGCGGCCUCGCCCGUCGGCCAGCGCGACGAGGAGCUCCUGGCUGAAGCCCGGGUCCUGCGGCAGCACAAGAGCCGCCUGGAGACCCGGAUGCAGAUCCUGGAGGACCACAACAAGCAGCUGGAGUCGCAGCUCCGCAGGCUCCGUGAGCUACUGCUGCAGCCCAAAGAUGACUCGGAGGCCAACGGCUCAGCUCCAUCCUCUCUAUCUUCACCUCACCAGGGGGGGCCACCGAGCAGAGAGACCACAGAGACUGACGCUGCAGGGGACGAUUUGGACCACGAGCAGAACACAGUGCUGCAGUUGCAGGAGGUGAUCGAGCAGCUGAGGAACGUCUUCCCCUCUGAAUCGGGCCAUUGAGGAGGAUGUGACCCGGGACCGAGAGGCCUGCUGUUUCGCAGGUGGCACGUCGCUCCGCUCACUCCGGGCCGCGUCUGCGGCGUGCAAGGCAGACAGACAGGCAGAUGGACCCAGCAGAGCUGGAUGGCCCUCGUUCCCAUUCCUGUGGCCCCAGGGCCCCGCGGCCUGGCCGAGACAGCCGGCGGGUCCCCCGUGUGAUAACUAACCACCAUCCUCCUAGUGCCAAAGGCCAGCGAUUGAUCCGUGCACUGUGCUAACCAGCCGCCUGCAGCAGCGAACAGGCCUGUGGGGCUCCUCCGGUACAGCACAGCUCCCUCUCAGCCAAUCAGGCACUGAGAGGGAAGGAAGCCCCUUCUACUUACACCAUGUGCCAGCAACUGCGCUUUCCUUAUUUAUUUGUAUUUUUUUAUUUACUCUUGCCUGCUCAUGCAACACAAAGAUUUGCGUGCGCAGGCCAGGCUGGUCCUCCCGUGGCCUCUGAGAAGAGCAGAUUACUCUGCGCCAGAGGGAGGCACAGUGAGCUUUAUUUGUUCUGUCAGGUUGACACAUCCGCAACAUAAGCCAUCAUUGCAUACAUUAUUAAGUACGGUGGUACUCUGAUUCAUACCACCCACAUCUUCCCCCCAACUCUCUCUCUCUCGUACGCUCUCUCUGACCUUCUCGUCUGUGCUAUUAUAUUUGCCUUUCACACAAACUCAACACGCAUACAUGUCGCUGUCUAUAUCCAAAGGAUCAGUGAGGAGCUAAGUGGUUACUUUCCAGCCGUUUGGCUUGCCGGGUGUGGGGGGGAGACGUCCCUCGCCGAGGGCGAUUUGUAGUGCAGCAGUUUUCUGCGAAGGCUCUCGCCCUAAAGAGGUCGAGCCUUCACUGUGACCCGCACAGACCGAGGGGCGACUGAGGGCCUGGAGCCGCGGCAGACAGCCCCGCUGACCCCGGAGCAACUCCCACCCCGACAGACACCCUGUGUCCACAGCACACGCCUUAACUGCUGCUGACCUGGUGCCAGGUGUCUCUUAAAAACAUUAGCCUUACAAAACACUUGUCCCUCCCUCUCCCUCUCUCUCUCUCUCUCUCUCUCUCACCCACUUCAUCUUCUCUGAUGGGGAAAAAACUACAGGCUCAGCAUAGUGCAGGAUUGCUUUACAUCACGGUUUAGGAAGUGGGGCAGCACAUCAAUCCCAUUCUUCCUAAGCACAGAAAAAGGGUUUUCUUUCCUAUUGAGAGGUCUGUCGGGGCGGUCUGAUGUCUGCGAAAGGAAAAUGUGCAGGAGAGACCACCGGAGUGCAGCCCACGGGGGUGUGGCAGCAGGAAGUGCAGCAGUGGCAUCGAAGAGAUCAGCGGCGGAAAUGCUCACUUGGGUGGGUUGUGCCGUAGCAGCCCCAUAGAUGUGAGAAUAGGAGAGAGAGAGAGAGAGAGAGAGAGAGAGAGAGAGAGAGAGAGAGAGAGAGAGAUUUAUUGAUUCUUCGAUUGUUCCACUAAACAUACUGAACUCAUUUAUCUCCUUUCACAAGUAGUAGUGCAUGAUUUUUCCCAAGAAGCUCUGUCCUUCAGUCUGUUCUCCGGCCCUUUUCUGAGCUGGAACGCUCAUAUUUGACAUAAUAAUGCAGCACGCGCUCUUUGUUUUUGAUGGAGUUGCUAGGGAACUGUCCCUGUUGCUAUCUGGAAAGGCGGCGCAUCUCUCAUAAUAAAGCAGAUGAAAAUAAGCUUGUAGAGGGGGAUGGAGAAAGACUUCUCGAGGGUGGGUGCCUUUUCCAGCCAAGCUGCCUGUCACCGUUUAGCUGGAAUAACGCUUCAAGAUCAACUUCUGCUGCAUCCAGCAGGCUAACACACUCAGAUAACAUACAGAAGUGCACGUACAAUAUACGUUCAGGUUGUUACUGUUUAUUCAUCUCUCUUCCCAUAAUACAUAUGCAGAUUUUAUUUAUCUUUCUCUCUUUUCCCACUGUUGCCAGCGCUGUGAAUCUACCCGUGCAUUUUUUUUCAGUGCCAGGAUGUAACGAAUCUCGGCAGGAGGGCGGAGGGGGGUCCGUAGGCGCCGGUAGCUCCUGGGCCGCGUAGCAUGGCUGUGCGGAUCAGCCUUGGGUCGCAGUGGUGCUCCGUGCCGUUGCUAAGGGCUGUCUCGGCCGGUUUUAGCUGCACAUGCUCAUUAUUGUGAUUGGAAAGUAGCAGGCCUGCAGGUUGUGACCCCGCAGGCUGGCCUUGACUCUCUUGGCAACCUUGUUUUGCUCGCUACAACACAGGGCAUUGAAUUAACUUCUGAACCGGUGCAUUACUUUCAUCAGUCCUGUUGCCUCAUGCAGCUCUGCUAACUUGAUAAUUACAAACAUUCCACUGUGCUUCUCUUCAGUCUCUUUUAACCUCCGUGUUCUGUGUUCAAGUGUGUAUCGAUUUGUAAUGUUGCCUUUUUUUAAAUUACAUAAUACAUUGUCUAUUUGUCUCCUUUGUUUUUUUUUUAAUUUAUAUAAAAUGUUUGUGAAAGGAAAAGCUUUUUAAAAAAAAAGAAAUGGGUUACUGGCUGCUUUCUACUCAUUGUGUACAGAGAAAUAAAUUUGUAUUUGUUAUACACA